AUGGCUUAUGAAGUAAAAAUGACUUUGGAACUUCCUGAGAUUAAAAGAUGUUGCUUCAUAUGUCCGCUGCGGUACAGUAUUAUUAUUUGGGGAUAUGUUAAACUGAUCAGCACUGCAGUGGACUUAUACAUGAAAAUAAUGCUACUCAUGAAUAUAGAUCCUGAGAAAAACAACGUUGUUUGGCAAGGACUUCUCUUGGGAAAUCUUGUACAAGAAUUCGUACUAUGUUUCAUCCUAAUUGUUGCAGCACAUAUGAAAAAUGUCAAACUUCUCCAAGUAUUCUACAUCUACGGCUGUAUUCUGCUGGUGUUCCAAAUUCUGGCAGUGGGUGCUCUGACAGUAUUCAUGUUUUACCUGAUCUUCGUUGAUAAACCUCUUACCAAGGGCUCGUUGGCUCAUCAGUCCAUGGCGUGGCACUACUUGAUGUAUGCCUCAACAUUCUACGCCAGUUUAAUACUCGACAUUUAUGUCAUACUCCUAGUCAAGACGGAGAUAAUGAAGCUCAAGGACAAAAAUCAGUAUACAUUGGAAGAUGUCGAUGAAGUACCAAAGACCACCGUGACCUACACAAAGAAAGAAGGUGAAGAAGUAGUUAUUACAGAUGUCGAAGAGACUGAAUACUAG